AUGAGCGAUUUGUCAGCGCAGGAUGAAUUCGCCAAUAAAUUAGAACCGCCACCAGAAGCGCGUGAGCUGGGCGCGCCCAAGACACCAUCGAUACUGCGAAAUUCCAAGGAGGGGGGUGAGUCUACAGCCACAGCCCCGCGUAAAAUGUCGGCUGAUGGCGUGUCGUUCGCCCCACUUCCACAGCGGCCGGCGUCGAUGCCACGGCGCAAUUCUAUCACUCUCGGUGUUGCAGCGCGCUCUAGCUUUUUUAAUGGCGGCGGUAACAGUGGAAAUGCUAGUAAUAUACACAGAAAUUCAGAUGGUAGCCUCGUAAAAACGUUUACGGCGCAGGAGUGGAAGGAGAUGGAGCAAUCACAGGAGAAGAACGUAGUCGAUCUCGGGGAUGUCGCUGUUGAUGCUGGGAAAAGGCUAGUCAGACUAUUUAGACGUGGUGAGAAUAGAGAUGUAGAGAAGGGUAAGAAUGGAGAUAAGAAUAAAAACAAGAUUAAGGAUAAGGAUAAGUUUAUGGAUAAGCAGUUGGAGGAUGUUGGCGAGCAGAAGCUGGAAGAGGAGGAUCAGGAUGAUCAGGAUAACCACCACCACCACCACCAACAACACUACGAUACAGACAGCAGUAUCGGCACACUCUCCCCAAACACAAGCCAUAGCCACGUCAGCCAAUCGACAGCAGAUACCAGCCACGGAAAUUCAUCGGUACACGCGCGCACGUCAUUCAACGAUCUUCAUCCGUAUAAGCGGGGUAAUGAUGAGCAGUUGAAGGAUUAUGCGCUGGGAUUUGAUCCAGAUAGACUCAAGGCUAAGAGGGAGCAGAUGUGA